UUUUGCCCUUCACCCCCCUUUACGCUUUUUUGAACGAUACACCAGCAAUCGACAACACUUUGUUGAAGUGUUAAUGUCAAAUGCUUAAACCAAAUCACUGAUGAAGUAGGUAUACGUCCCCCCACGGCCGAAACGAAUAUUAAUGUGUUAAUCAUGACCGGAACCCGAGAGGAAAGUUGAUAGUUAGUUCAUGUAAGGACGACUGGGAACAACAAGUCAUUCAUAGAAUUUUGGUUUUCGACUACGUCUGUCUCGUUUUUUCCCGGUCGUGUUUUGCAAAACAGUUAAAAUGGCAACCAACGAUAAAAGUAAAAAGCUUUCACGAUGGUAUUUUGGUGGUCUUGGUUCGGCUGGUGCUGCAUGUUGUACACAUCCAUUGGACUUGCUCAAGGUACAUUUACAAACACAACAAGAAGGAAAAAUUUCUGUCAGCCGUUUAGCAAUGAAAAUCAUCAGAGAACAAGGUGUAUUCUCGCUAUAUACGGGUAUUUCAGCAUCAUUGUGUCGACAACUGUCAUAUUCAACUGUGCGAUUUGGAAUAUAUGAGGUUGGAAAACAAGGAAUGACCAAACCUGGUGAAAAUAUUCCAUUCUAUAAGACAGUGAUGUUGGCUUCUGCUGCUGGGGCGGCUGGUGGGUUUGUUGGAACCCCAGCUGAUAUGAUUAAUGUACGAAUGCAGAAUGAUGUAAAGUUACCACUGGAAAAACGCAGAAAUUACAAACAUGCUUUUGAUGGUUUUAUACGUGUUUGGCGAGAAGAAGGGUUUACCAGAUUAUUUUCGGGCGCAUCAACAGCUACAAUGCGUGCUGUUCUAAUGACUGUUGGACAGUUAUCAUUCUAUGAUCAAGUGAAACAAUUAUUAUUAUCAUCUGGAUACUUCGGCGACAACUCUACUACACACUUUUUAUCUAGUCUUACUGCUGGUGCUGUUGCAACAACCUUAACUCAACCUUUGGAUGUGUUAAAAACUCGAGCAAUGAAUGCUAAACCAGGCGAAUUUUCAGGUACACUCGAUUUAGUUAGAUAUACUGCCAAGCUUGGACCGAUGGGUUUUUUUAAGGGUUAUGUUCCAGCAUUUGUAAGAUUGGCUCCGCAAACAAUUCUUACGUUUGUCUUCUUGGAACAAUUACGAUUAAACUUUGGUUACUAUAAAGCAUAAUUCAUCACGAUAACAAAACCUUAGCCCAUAUAAUCAAUAUUACAUGCUAUAUUUUCAUUGAAUUUUCAUACAUAAACAAAAUAUAUUCUUCAUAGAUACUUCAC